ACAAAAUCAUGUUUCCCGGCGUCCCAGUUUUUUCCGUUUGCAUUGCACUUAGUGUGAUGAUUUUUUGUCAUGCGGAGACGCUGAAUUUGUUUGGAAACUUGGAGGCUAUUUAUGAACAGGCAGAAAAUGCACUCUCAACUUUACAAGAAUCACUUUUGCAACUUGAAACCAAUGGCACUCUAAACACAUCCCCUGAUGUGAUUUAUCCAACUUCCUGUCUGACUUCUGGGGAUCUUGAAAAUGGCUUGCACACCCUGAAAGUUCCAGGCUUGAGUCCCUUUCAAGUGUAUUGCGAAAAUCAGUUGGCUGGACCCGGUUGGAUUGUAAUUCAAAAGAGGUUCAGUGGAAAUCUGAGCUUCUUUCGCAAUUGGAAGGAGUACAAGAACGGAUUCGGCAAUCUAAUGGACGAGUACUUCCUCGGCCUCGAAAAGAUUCGUGCCUUGACUGCCCUGGAGCCGCAUGAGUUGUAUGUACACCUGGAGGAUUUCGAUGAUACAAUUAAGCAUGCGAAAUUCGAUGAAUUUGCCAUUGGAAACGAAGAUGACGACUACGCCAUGAAUACACUGGGAAAAUAUUCGGGCACUGCGGGAGAUUCCCUCCGCUCACACCGCAAAAUGAAGUUCUCCACAUAUGAUCGGGAUAACGAUCAUGAGUUUAAUAAGAACUGUGCAUUUUACUAUCUGGGAGGAUGGUGGUACAACGCAUGUCUGGACAGCAACCUUAAUGGUCAGUAUAUGCCGGGUGGGAAAUACGAGGAGAGCUUGUUCGCCAGAGGAAUGUGCUGGCGAUCUUGGCGUGGCCACAACUACGGAUACAGGGUAACCCAAAUGAUGAUAAGACCCAAGUGCCGAAUGAUACCAGUGACUCAGCGGUGAAUUUGGGCAAGGCGGUUUCACGAAUAUUGUUAUUAUUAUUAGCUGUUCACUCCCUGUUGGUUUCAAUGGCUUCGAGAACGUGAAAACAAUUUGUUAUGUACUUGAUUAAUAUGCAAAGGUUGUUCCAUUGAAUCAUCGCAUUCUCGCCGAGCACAUUAAUCAGAAUCUCAAUUAGAACUGCGAAAUAUACUGUAAUUCUC